AGAAAUCCGCGCUUCUUGAUAGUUAGUUAAAGUGUUUCAUUGAGCUUGGAUGUUGUAGAUUGUGUUCAUCUUCCCCAGUUAUUUUUGAAAAGAGUAGUUUCAAGGAUUUGUAGCCGAUCAGCUUUUUAAUGGAAGCGCUGGAUAUUUGGGCGCAUUUUAUAUAAAUUAGAUCAUUUCGAGAUAGUACAUGGAGCGUUUAUCUUUACCACAAGACUCCCGCAAUUUUUAUUCGAACAUUUUAGUUGAAAGAUUCCAUUCGGAUACUCUAAAGAUAAUCACCUUCGUCGACGUGUAUCACAUUGAAAGUCCCGGAGGAAAUGGCCCUUGAUUUUCUUGCUGGGUGCAUUGGAGGCUCUGCUGGUGUAUUAAUUGGCCAUCCUUUGGACACAGUGAAGGUUUGCAUCCAGACCCAAGAUUCAAACAAUCCCAGAUACAGAGGCACUUUGCACUGUUUGCAAUCCAUUUGUACUCAGCAGGGCUUCAAGGGGAUCUACCGGGGCGUUACUAGCCCCUUAUUUGGUGUGGCCGGAAUAAACGCUAUAGUAUUUGGCAUUUAUGGCAAUACUCAAAGGCACAUGCAAAAUCCAGAUUUAUUAAUAAGUCACGCCAUUGCUGGUGGAACUGCAGGAUUAGUUCAGAGCUUUAUUUGCAGUCCCAUUGAGCUGGCUAAGUCAACAAUGCAG